CGCAAGCCAGGGCGAAAGUGAAAGGAGCUGGGUUUCUGGAGUGGCCGGGCUUUAGGUUUGGCCUUUCUUUUUAAACGAAAGAUACCUUUUGCAAGUCACUGGCAGGAGGGAAGAUUUGAUUUUGGGCUGAAGAUUAUUUGCAGAGCAUGUUGUUCUGGCGGAAUUGGACUAAUUCUCGUUAUCUGGGUGGACGAACUGCAUCCCAGUUUUCUGAUGGCAGUUUUCUAUUUGCUCCGGAUCCUGAAGAGUCAUUAUCUCAGAUGAUAAAUCGCUCGUUAACAGAUGACACUGCGUCACCAGAUGAGGAUCUGGAUUCUGUUUUAUUUGGAAACCUACGUGGGAAUGUGGUUGGGAUGCGUUACUAUACAGGAGUGGUGAACAACAACGAAAUGGUUGCCCUUCAGCGAGAACCGAACAACCCAUACGACAGGAAUGCAGUCCAAGUAAACAAUGUGAAUGGGAUUCAGGUGGGACAUAUCAAACGGGAGUUGGCAGCCCCUCUGGCUUUUAUCCUGGAUAAUAGACUUGCCAGAGUUGAAGGGGUGGUUCCUUACGGUGCUAACAAUGUGUUCACCAUGCCAGUGCAACUUUCAUUCUGGGGCAGAGAAGAAAACCGUGACGCUGUUCUGGAAAGGUUAAAGAGACACGGGUUUAAACUGGCACCUCCCACAAAAGGUGGUGGAAUUGCUGAGGCGUGGUCUGGAAUGAGAUCUGCAAGACCUGGUCCCAGUUACAAAGCUCCUGUGCACACUGCUGUGCAGAUGACAGUGGAACAGCUCAAGAAUGAAUUUGACAAGUUAUUUGAAGAUCUGAAAGAACAUGACAAGACUCGGGAAAUGGAACCAGCUGAGGCUGUCUGUACGCCCUUGCUCCCUCAUCAGAAGCAGGCACUAUCGUGGAUGGUACUGAGAGAGAAUAAUGCGGAUCUGCCUCCCUUCUGGGAACAAAGGAACGACAUGUAUUAUAACCUGCUGACAAACUUUGCAGAGAAAGAGAGACCCGAAAAUGUUCGUGGAGGAAUCCUGGCUGAUGACAUGGGCUUGGGAAAAACACUGUCGACUAUUGCAGUAAUCCUUACAAAUUUUCACCAGGGACAGCCACUCCCCACUGAAAAGUUCACACGGGGACCAGUGGUAGAGGAGUUUCUGAACUCCUUUUUUUCUGCUUUUAUUUUUUAUAUACGCUUUAUCAACUGGAAUGCUGUUUUGUGCAGGAAGAAAACAGAGAAUGUUAAAUACACGUACAGCAGUGAUUCUGAAAAGGAUGAAGAAUGUAUCUCCACAAAAAAGAAAGUGAAAACGCAACAGAAAAGUGCAACGGCUAAGAGAACGGAAUGGAGACCCACGAGUAGCGGGAGAAAAGACAGCAAGUCGCAGUCUGGUUGUGGCCUAAUGGAGGAUAUUGAUUUUGCGGCUGCUCUUGGUGGCGGGUCAAGUUCCACUUUAAAAAAGAUCAAGAAAGGCUGUCCAAGCACACAGACUAGCACUAUUACAGCGGCUAAUAUAAAGGCGAGAUCGACCCUGAUUGUUUGUCCUCUCUCUGUGCUCAGUAACUGGAUUGACCAGUUUGAGCGACAUUUAUGCCCUGAUGUGAAAUUGAAUAUGUAUCUUUAUUAUGGCUCUGAGAGAAAUAAGUCUGCAUCAUUCCUUGCUGAACAGGAUAUUGUACUGACCACCUACAAUACAUUAACAGUUGAUUAUGGGAGUGGGAGUGCCAGCCCCCUGCAUAAAGUGAACUGGCUCCGUGUGGUAUUGGACGAGGGCCACACCAUACGCAAUCCAAACGCCCAGCAGACCAAAGCUGCACUCACAUUGACUGCUGAAAGGCGAUGGGUAUUAACAGGCACACCAAUUCAAAACUCCUUGAAGGAUCUUUGGUCCAUCCUUUCGUUUCUGAAGUUGAAACCAUUUACAGACAGACAGUGGUGGCAUCGGACUAUCCAACGGCCUGUAACCAUGGGGGACCAGCACGGUCUCAGACGGCUGCAAGCGUUAAUAAAAAACAUUACCUUGCGAAGAACCAAAACCAGCAAGGUAAAUGGCAAACCUGUAAUCGAGCUCCCUGAGCGCACCGUUUUUGUGCAACAUAUAACCCUAUCCGAUGAAGAAAAGCAAAUCUACGAGUCUGUGAAGAAUGAAGGCCGGGCCAUCAUUGGCAGAUAUUUCAGUGAAGGAUCCAUUUUCACACAUUAUGCAGAUGUCCUCGCCAUCCUGGUCUGGCUGAGGCAGUUGUGUUGUCAUCCUCGUCUGUUUGCAAAUUCUUCAGCUGUGAUGGGUUCCUCAGACAAUGCCACACCUGAUGAACUGCGGGAGAAACUGCUGAACAAGAUGAAACUGGUUUUGAGUUGUGGCUCUGAUGAAGAGUGUGCCAUCUGCCUGGAAUCACUGACCUUUCCUGUGAUUACCCACUGUGCCCACGUUUACUGCAGACCGUGUAUCUGCCAGGUCAUUCAGAGUGAGCAGCCCACUGCCAGGUGUCCCUUGUGCAGGGCAGAGAUCCGAGUCGAACAGCUGGUGGAAUGCCCCCCUGAAGAGACAGACGUCACGGCACCUGACAAAUCCCAGCAGGUCUGGGUCUCCAGUUCAAAGGUCGACGCCUUGAUGCAUUCUUUGAUUGAGCUUCGAAAGCAGGAUCCCACCGUCAAGAGUUUAGUAGUCUCUCAGUUCACAGCUUUUCUUACUCUUAUAGAAACUCCACUCCGACAAGAAGGCUUUGCAUUUACACGCUUGGAUGGCUCGAUGCCACAGAAGCGGCGGAUUAAUGCCAUCGAGUCCUUCCAGAGCAGUGAGCCAGGCUCCCCGACCAUCAUGCUGCUGUCGCUGAAAGCUGGUGGAGUUGGUUUGAAUUUAACAGCAGCUUCUCGUGUGUUCCUCAUGGACCCUGCCUGGAAUCCAGCUGCUGAGGACCAAUGCUUUGACAGAUGCCACAGGCUGGGUCAGACCAGGGAUGUCAUAAUCACCAAGUUUAUUGUGAAAAACUCCGUGGAGGAAAAUAUGAUCAAGAUUCAGAACAAGAAGCGAGAACUUGCAGCAGGGGCUUUUGGAACGAAAAGACAGCGCGAGAUAAAGCAAAGCCGGAUUGAAGAGAUCAAGAUUCUGAUCGACGUGUAACACUGGUUUUUGGCAUCGGUUCUGCUUUUAUUUUUGCUUUCUAACCCUCCCAGGCGUCUGAGCUUAUUGAAAUUUUGAAACUUUUGAAUACUGUAAUGGGACAGAAAAAUGGGAAGUAAUUUGUAAACCAAAUACAAAUUUAUAUGAGAUGGUAACUUUUAAUGCAAAAUGUUUGUUGAAUUCUGUGAAUCAAAAUGUAGAAAACAAAUUGUCUGUGUAAUAUAGCUUCAAAACUGCUGCAGUUGGGAAGUGCAUCCCUCAGUUGAGAUAUUGAGACAUAGCUCAAUGUGCCUGUUCCAGUUGUCAGGUAUUUAACAGCCCCAUGGUAAUACUCAGAUUCAGAGUGUUCUGCCAGUCUUCUGAUUAAUGUUUUACCCUCAACCUACACCAACUAAAUCAGAUUUGCUGGUAUCUCGUCUUAACAUUAUUUGUGGAUGUUUGUGUGAGAAUUUUGUGUUUGCCUGAGUAACCAUUUACUGUAUUCCAGCACUCACUGCGUGAAGGGGAUCGCGAUAUUUUACAGAUGUGGUGGAAUGCUUCGUAAAGGCAAGGUUUUUUUAAAAAAAAAAAAUUGUCCCUGCUUUGUUAUUCAGCUAAGGACUUUUACAAUCAUUAAACCUGAUGGUUCUUGUCCA